UAAGAAUCCUUCAAUUCCUUCCAACUCCAAGUUCCAACUUCCUAGAGCUGAUCAAAACUAUCCGAUUCGGUCCAUGAUUACCUCUAUAACUACAAGGUAACAAAUUGUUCACUACAUUUCACCCUCAAAAACUUCAUCUGUAACUUUUAAAUCUAAUUCCGAAAUCAGAAAUUAUGGAGGCCUCUAAACAAGCCCAUAAGGCCCAUGUUCUUGUGGUUCCGUUUCCAGGCCAAGGCCACAUUAACCCAAUGCUACAAUUCUCCAAACGUUUGGCUUCCAAAGGCAUCAAGCCCACUUUAACCCCAACUGUUUACAUUGCUAAAUCCAUGCACACCACUACCAUACCAACCCUCUACGGCCCACCAAUCCAAUUACGGCCCAUUUCUGACGGCUACGAUGAUGGUGGUAAAAACCAGGCCCAGUCCACUGCGGUCUACUUGGAUAGCCUCCGAGUCCACGGCCCAAAAACACUUGUCCAGCUCGUUAAGAAGCUAAUUGAGGAGGGAGACCCAGUUAAGGCUAUCAUCUAUGAUGGGUUUUUACCUUGGGCCUUAGAUGUAGCCAAGCAGUUUGGGCUUCUUGGAGUGGUGUUCUUCACUCAGUCUUGUUCGGUAAAUAGCAUAUACUACCAUGUCCAACGUGGGCUGAUCCAGCUACCACUUCAGGGGCCUGGCCCAAGCACGGUCUCGGUUCCUGGGGCUCCGGAGCUCCAACCAUGGGAGGUUCCGUCGUUCGUCGGACAAUACGGGUCAUACCCGUUUUGGUUUCAUGUGGUGUUGGAGCAGUUCUCUAAUAUUGAUCAAGUGGAUUGGGUGCUGUGCAAUAUAUUCUAUGAUAUGGAGAAAGAGGUGGUUGAUUGGAUGGCGAAAAUGUGGAAAAUAAGAACCAUAGGACCAACUGUUCCAUCAUAUUACCUUGACAAAAGGCUAGAAGAUGACAAAGACUACAACCUUCAAUUCUUCAAGCCAAACACAAUCUUGUGCAAAAACUGGCUAGACUCCAAACCAAAACAUUCUGUCAUCUACAUAUCCUUCGGAAGCGCGGCCAAGUUGUCUGAAGAACAAUUUGAAGAACUAGCACAAGGUCUAAAAAUCAGCAACCAAACUUUCUUAUGGGUGGUUAGAGAAUCAGAGCAAGCCAAACUUCCAAAGAGGUUCAUAGACGAAACUUCUGAGCUAGGCCUAGUUGUAAGCUGGGCCUCCCAGCUGGAAGUAUUGUCCCACGAGGCGACAUGCUGCUUUGUGACUCACUGUGGGUUCAACUCGGUGCUCGAAGCAUUGUGUAUCGGAGUGCCGGUGGUGGGUGUUCCACAGUAUACAGACCAAGGGACUAAUGCUAAGUUUAUGGAGGAUGUUUGGAGAGUAGGGAUCAGAGCCAAAAUAGAUGAGAAGGGUAUUGUAAGAAGAGAGGAGGUGGAGAAAUGCAUAAGGGAAAUGAUGGGAGGAAGGAAAAAGGAAGAGUUUAUGAUGAAUGUGGCUAAAUGGAAGAAGUUGGCUAAACAAGCAAUGGAUGAAGGUGGAAGUUCUGAUAAGAACAUUGAUGAGUUUGUGGCUUAUUUAACAGAAUGUUAAAAGAUCAAGAAUUUGUCUUGUAAUAGACCGUUACUUUUAAAUUAAAAUUAGGCAAUGGUAAGUCCAAUAUUAAAAAGAAAAUUAGCUUAAUAGUGACUAGGUUAAUUUCUUUCGGUAAUUAAUUUAAUCUAUUUAGUGUCUCUUUUAAUAAUUUUUGAAAGAUCAAUUCUCAUUGUUGCGUUAUCUAAAAUUGGUUUCCCCUUCGGCCUUAAUAGUUCAAGCUUUUGUUUGAAUGGUUGGGAAAUAAAUUUUCAUGAAUUUGUGAAUUUCCUUUUUGUUUGGACCCUUGCAAGUAAUAAAAAGAUGGAGAGAGAUUGAAAUAUAAAAUU